AUGUCCUGGACCCAGCCUCCAUUGUUUCGCCUACCCCUAGUGUAUUUCCAGUGGCGCACGAGUGACCUGGAGCAGUCUGCUCAGGUCCUGAAGGGCCUCAAUGUCCUACAAUCGCCUUGCCUCCAGGUCCCAAGUGCCUUUUCUGUUCUGCCCAACACCAUCCCCUCUGCUCAGAUCCUGGCGGCCACUAACGUCUUUCCAACGCCGUCUCCUUCUGUUUCCAAGGCCGCCGGUAUGCUCUCAAUGCCGCCUUCACCUGCCCAGGUCCUGACAGCGACCAAAUUCCCAACGGCGACCAACAUCUUGCCAUCGCCGUCUCCUCAGUUUUCAACGGCGACCAAUGUUUUUCAGACUCCGUCUCCACAGAACCUGCGCAUAAUGCCUUGCCGGCUCUCUCCCAUCAUCUACUCUACCCCUUCUAGUUUUGAUAGCGCCUCUCACUCUCUCCCUUACUCCAAUCCCUUUACUAUAUCUCCUGUACCUACACCCUCACCUAACCCUGAGGAUUGGCGCACUGCGUCUCCCUCUUCCUCUAUGGAACUGGACUCUAUCCUGCCAAAACCUUAUGCUGAGUCUUAUCGCAUAGGCACCCAUGUACCCCCAACAUUCUACCAAGCUGAUCAUCCUCCUAUCAACCCGUUUUUUACCCUCGACGAAACUAAUUAUUUAAAUACUCUUACAGCAGUAGCCGAAUUUCACGGGGAGCAUGACCUUGCAUCCUCGAUCGAAGCGGCCCUGCUCCUGCCUUAUCCCGAUCCGGACAUCGUGCACUCGCUUGUCGAAGAGCAUGUGCUCGAUGAACAAGAUGAGUUCAAAGUUAUCAAAUAUGCUCGAGCGCGGGACCGUGCGCUCGAAAUUCGACGAGUCCGUCUAUAUAUAGUUGCUUAUCGUCCUUUUCGUUCUUCGACUAUUUCUAAUGCGUCGCAGCUUCGUAUUUGCGCGUGUUUCGACGACGACGAGAUCGACGAUGACUCCGACAGCAACAACGAUGAACAGGGACCCUCGGAGUCCCAUAUCUUCUUCUUACCUUAA